AUGGAUCCCAAGGGGCUUUUCUCCUUCAACUUUCUGCUGUUUUUCUCUCUGGCUUUUGAACUGAGCUGUGGAACCGUUGAGGGCUUGAUGGACUGCCCAACAAUCCGUGAGCAGUUGGGAAGCAGCGUGCUGCUGCCCCUGAUACCUAAAGGGAUAAGUGAGAGUAUGAACCAGAGCAUCCGCAUCAUCGUCACAAAGACAGAAUCACCAGGAAACAGCGUCAAUAAGAAAAUUGUGUCUCUUGGUCUGCCGAAAGGGGGCUCUCCACAAUACCUGGAAGAUGGCUAUAAGUUUCAUCUGGAAAACCUGAACCUGGGGAUCCUGGAAAGCAAGAAGGAGAAUGAGGGCUGGUAUUUUAUGUCCCUGGAGAGAAACAUUUCAGUCCAGAACUUUUGCCUGCAGCUGGAGCUCUAUGAGCGAGUCUCCACUCCAGAAAUUAAGGUGUUGAACUUGACCCAGGAGAAUGGAAACUGCAGCUUGAUGCUGGCCUGCAAAGUGGAGAUGGGAGAUCAUGUGACUUACAGCUGGAGCAAGGAGGCAGGCACCGAACCGCUGAUUAUAGCCAAUGGCUCUCACCUCCUAUAUCUCACCCUCGGCCCUCAGCAUGCUGACAGUACCUACAUCUGCACUGCAAGCAACCCAAUCAGCAACCGUUCUCAGACCGUCAUCCCAUGGUCCAGUUGCAGGUCAUAUCCCCCAGUAUCAAGACAAUGGGGACUGUAUGCUGGGCUGUUCUUAGGGGGCAUCAUUGGUGUCAUCAUGAUUCUUCAAGUGGUAAUACUACUGUUGACAAGAAGAGGUAAAGCAGACCAUCACCAGCCAACAGUGGAAGCGAAAAGCCUUACUAUCUAUGCCCAAGUCCAGAAAUCAGGUUCUGUUCAGAAGGAACCUGAUCCUCUGCCAGCUCAGGACACCUGCACUACCAUUUAUGUUGCUGCCACAGAGCCUGCCCCAGAGCCUGCCCCAGAGCCUGUUCAGGAAUCAAGCUCCAUCACAAUUUAUGCCAGUGUGACACUUCCAGAGAGCUGACACCACAGGCCCAGUGAAGGGACUAUCCAAAGGAAUGCAGAGGAGCCAAAACAAACACUGAACUUGGCUCCAGGUCUCAAAUUCCUAUGACACUCUACACAUUUGUACUCUUUUCAGAUCAACUACUUGGUGAUGUUGCAUCCACAUCUACCUAUGAAAUGGACAAGGAGGUGAAGCUUCACAAUCAUUUAAUCCACUCCGCAGGGCACAGGCCCAGAGCAGAGUUUUCCAUCUCUGUGGUGU